AUGUCUUCAUCAUUAAAACAAAUUUUGACACAUUUUCCACAAUUUAACGAUAAUGAUUUAAUUAAUUUUUCAUUUGGUUAUGGUUCCGGUGUUAUAAAACAACAACAAGAUAUUGAUAAACCAAAUUCAAAUGUUCAAAAUCAAAUUGAUCUAAUAUUGAGUGUCAAAAAUUCUUAUCAAUUUCAUCAAGAAAAUUUAAAAAUAAAUUAUACAGAUUAUUCUUAUCUGAGAUAUUUUGGUGCUUCGACAAUUACACGUUUUCAAGAAAAUUCUGGUGCUCGAAUUUAUUUCAAUCCAUAUGUACGUAUAAAUAAUGAUAUGAUCAAAUACGGUAUAAUUUCACGUCGACAUUUAAUACGUGAUCUAUUAGAUUGGGAAACAUUGUAUGUUGCUGGACGUUUACACAAACCUGUACGACUAUUGAAAUUUGAUCCCAAUGAUCAAGAUUUAAUUUAUGCAUUAGAAACAAAUUUGACAAGUGCAUUGCAUGUUGCACUUCUAUUAUUACCAGAAGAAUUUACAUUAAAAGAAUUGUUUUUAAAAAUAACUUCUCUCUCAUAUCAAGGUGAUUUUCGAAUGAUUAUUGGUGAAAAUAAACAAAAAAUAUCAAAUAUUGUUUUAGGACAAUUUCAAGAAUUUAUUGAUUUAUAUUCAAAAUUGUUGAUAAAUGAUACGCACAUAUAUUGGAAUAAAGUACGAACAACUGAAACAUUGUUAAAACAAAAUAUUAGUCCAGUUGCUAUUUUUAAACGAUUAUUAAAUUUACCAAAAUAUGUUGUUUACGGUCUAAUAGAAUCAACAACGAUGAAAACUAGACAAUAUCAAGAUACAGAAGAAGUAAUAAAAAAGUUAUGUUUAAGUACUCAACGAAAUGAAAGAAUUGAAUUUGCCGUAAAAAAUAUAGUGAAACGUUCCAGUCUAUCCCAAACAUUUAAAGGAAUAAUAACAGCUGGUUUCAUUCGAAGUACAAGAUAUGCAUUUGCAAAAUUGACAAAAAUGUUGAAAUGA